UUUCUGGCGGCCACAGCCGCAGACCCUGCAGCAUCCUUCAUCUCUUAUCACCUGGAGCCUGCCGGACCAGUCCCCCCCCAAUCCGCCUGCUGGUCCGCCCUAGAGCACCCCCAUGGGCUACCGGCCGCCGCCGCCUGGGCUGCCAUCCAGGACCCGGCGGGGGUAAGCGCAGGCCGCCAGCAUGUCCGGGGACUAUGAAGAUGACCUGUGCCGGCGGGCACUCAUCCUCGUCUCCAAGCUCUGUGCACGGGUUCGAGACGCUGACACCAAUGACAGGUGCCAGGAGUUCGAAAAUAUGAGAAUCCGAGGCUAUCCCCAGGGCCCUGAUGCAGACAUCUCCGUGAGCCUGCUGUCAGUGAUCGUCACCUUCUGCGGAAUCGUCCUGCUGGGCGUCUCCCUCUUCGUGUCUUGGAAGCUCUGCUGGGUGCCAUGGCGCGACAAAGGGGGCUCAGCCGUCGGCGGGCCCCUGAGAAAGGACCUAGGCCCAGGCAUGGGGCUGGCGGGCCUGGUGGGUGGUGGCGGGCACCACCUGGGGGGCCACCCCCUGCUGGGCCCCCACCAUCAUGUACACCCCGCACAUCACCCGCCUUUUGCCGAGCUGCUGGAGCCAGGUGGCCUGGGGGGCUCGGAGCCCCCUGAGCCCUCCUAUCUGGACAUGGACUCAUAUCCUGAGGCUGCUGCGGCCACUGCCGUGGUCGGGGUAAAACCCAGCCAGACAUCCCCGGAGCUGCCCUCAGAGACGGGUGGAGGCUCGGGGGUGCUCCUGCUGCCCCCCAGUAGCGGGAGCCUGCCCAGUGCCCAGUCCCAUCAGCAUGUCACCAGCCUGGCACCUCCCACCAGGUACCCGGCCCUGCCCAGGCCCCUCACCCAGCAGACCCUCACGUCCCAGUCGGACUCGGGCCCCGACGAGCGGCCGCCUGUGCUGCCCGCGCCCGUGGCGGUGCCGGUGGGCGAGGAGAAGGCCAAGCUCAUCGGGCAGAUCCAGCCCGAGCUGUACCAGGGCACCGGCCGGCGGCCCGGGGAGGGCGCGGGGGCGCCUUGCGGCCGCAUCAGCUUCGCCCUGCGGUACCUCUACGGCUCCGACCAGCUGGUGGUCCGCGUCCUGCAGGCGCUCGACCUGCCGGCCAAGGACUCCAACGGCUUCUCGGACCCCUACGUCAAGAUCUACCUGCUGCCCGACCGCAAGAAGAAGUUCCAGACCAAGGUGCACCGAAAGACCCUGAACCCCGUGUUUAAUGAGACCUUCCAGUUCCCGGUGCCCCUGGCCGAACUGGCCCAGAGGAAGCUGCACUUCAGCGUCUACGACUUCGACCGCUUCUCCCGGCACGACCUCAUCGGCCAGGUGGUGCUGGACAACCUCCUGGAGCUGGCCGAGCAGCCCCCAGACCGCCCCCUCUGGAGGGACAUCAUAGAAGGCGGCUCGGAAAAGGCAGACCUUGGAGAACUCAACUUCUCGCUCUGCUACCUGCCCACUGCGGGGCGCCUCACCGUCACUAUCAUCAAGGCGUCCAACCUCAAAGCGAUGGACCUCACCGGCUUCUCAGACCCCUACGUGAAGGCCUCUCUGAUUAGCGAGGGGCGGCGCCUCAAGAAGCGGAAAACCUCCAUCAAGAAGAACACGCUGAACCCCACGUACAACGAGGCGCUGGUGUUCGACGUGGCCCCGGAGAGCGUGGAGAACGUGGGGCUGAGCAUCGCAGUGGUCGACUACGACUGCAUCGGGCACAAUGAGGUGAUCGGUGUGUGCCGCGUGGGCCCCGAAGCCGCAGACCCCCACGGCCGCGAGCACUGGGCCGAGAUGCUGGCCAACCCCCGCAAGCCCGUGGAGCACUGGCAUCAGCUGGUGGAGGAAAAAACUUUGUCCAGCUUCACUAAAGGAAGCAAAGGAUUGUCGGAGAAGGAGAACUCAGAGUGAUGGUCUGGCCUAGGUCGGGACCACCCCGACCUCCCAGGACCCCCUUUCCUGCGCAGACAGUGAAUUCAUCUCGAAGCCAUAGCCUCGCCGCGUGGUGCGGCCGCCCCGGCCCAUGUCCUUCCGCCGGCAGGCGGACCCAGCUCCCCAUUUCAGGGUGGGGGGCACCUGGUGUCCAUACGUCUGUCCACCCAUCAGGGCGAGGGGCUGUGCAUGUCUGGGGGGCUCCUGGCCCCAACCCCCGUGUCUCUGUCCUUGGUGUUUGUCCAACACGUCGUGUUCGAGCCUUGUUCUCAUUCCCGCUGUGAGUGUGGCCGGCCCGAGUCUCCGGGACCCCCAGAGACUCCCUCAAUGUCUCCCCCUCUGUCCACCGCACCCGCGUCUGCUCUCGAUGCCGGAAUAAACAUGCACCAUGGGUCCCACCGCGCCGGGGACAUCUGUCCUCUCUAGAGACGGGAGGUGGGACCUGGCUUUGGGCUGGGGACAGUGGAAAGAUUUUUAGGGCUCAAUAGGCCUCAGCAUUUGCAUGUCACACUGGCUAAGGCCAUUAUGGCUAUGAGUCACCAAAGGCGCCUCCACUGGGAACCACAGCUAGAUGCAAAAGCCUCCAGGAGGCAAGUUUGAGCAUAGAGCAGGCUUCAGGCAUGGCUGGAUGCAGGUGUCUGCAGCCAUCUCGCUGCGCUUUCUCCCAGGCAGUGGAGAAGUUGGCUGGCCUACAGGGCCUGGGAUUUCAUAAUCUCUCUCAACAAAGGCAGGCAUGUGGCUCCAAAUCAUAUCGGGAAGCUCUGAGGUGAAAGCGAGUUGCCUCCUGUCAGCAUCUUUCCCAGACACACCGCAAGGGGGGACUCUCAACUGCCCACCAGUGACGAGUCCAAGGUGGACCCAGCUUUGGACAUGAAUGGACCACGCGGCCUCUUCUCGAGAGCACAGGAAACAUGGCUGAGGCCUCACCUUCUGGGUUCCUACAUCGCCUCCUCAGAAGUGCUCUUCCUUUUCCAGCUGUGUGGGGACAUCUGCAGCCAUCUUGAGGAACAAAGCAGAAGCAUCGGUCAUUUUGGGGUUUCUUCAUGGGGUGCACUGUUGUCCCAUUAGGGAGUGCAGAGAGGGAAAUGAGUAUUGGGCAGGGAAUUCGUUUUUUCUUCUCUCCCCUUCCUCUCCGUCCCUCUCUCUCACCUCUCACUCCUCCAAACACCAUAAAGCUCCUCAGUCGUUGGGGCUAGAGUGAUAGGACGGGGAUUACAACAUUCACCUUGCAUGCGGCUCACCCCUGUUCCAUUCCCGGCACCCCAGAGGGUCUCCCAGAGCAUUGCCAGAAGUGCUUCCUGAGCACAGAGCCAGGAGUCAUCCCUGAGCACCACUGUGGCCCCCAAACCCAUUAUUCCCCUAAAUAAAAAAUUUUUGAGGACCAGAGUGAUGGUCCCGCAGGGA